AUGAAGUUCGCGACCGCCUUUACUGUUGCCACCGCUGUGGCUUUCAGUUCCACCGAUGCCGAAAGACUAAAAACUGGUAUUUGUUACUCUCCGUGGCACCACCCCACCGUCAACUGGGACGUGUUGCAGAACGACAUGAGGCAGGUGGCUCAGUACUUCUCGACCAUCCGCACGUACGAGGCUUCGCUAGCUGGCGUGAACGCAGUCGACAUGGCUGCUGCCGCCGGCAUUCGUGUCGCUGUGGGCGUGCAGCUGCAAAACCCCAGCCGCAUCGACGCCGAGAUUAAAGCCGUCUGUGACGGCUACGCUCGUAACCCGUGGGCCGUCGAAGCGGUCUACGUCGGCAACGAGGAUCUGCAGAACGGUGGUUUCGGCAAGUUCUCAGCCGACCAGCUUGUUGGCUACAUCAACCGUGUGCGUGCCUGUGUGGGCAACACGCCGGUGGGAUCGGUGCAGCGCAUCAACGAGUGGCUGAGCUCCAAUGACGCGUGGAAGCUUGCAAACGCCUGUGACAACAUCGGCGUCAGCAUCUACCCGUUCUUCACGCAAGGUUCGCAGCCUUCGGUGGAGAAGCUGCAAGCGCAGUGGCAGCAAAUGGUGUCCAAGUUCGGCCCCAACAAGCUUCACCUCACGGAGACUGGCUGGCCGACUGCGGGUGAUAGCUACGCUGGAAAUGUCCCCUCGGUCGGUGCUCUCAUGCAGUACUUCUACGACUACGUUUACGGAUGGUCUGUUGGAAAGGGUCAAUCGUACUUUUUCAUGAUGUACGACACCGUGGUGAGCUACACUGGAGCUGAGUGCGAGAAACACUUCGGUCUCUUUGGUACGGACAUGAAACCAAAAUUCAACAUCCCGCAGUGUCCCAACCCGAACCAGCAGCAGCGUCUUCGCCGCGACUAA